UCUGUUACGACAUACGACUUACCACCAAACAAAUCACAUCAACUGGUGCCACUGUACCAAUUCCUACCUAAUUCCUAUAUAUGUAAAAUAUGCCAAAUCCUUAUCAAUGUUAAUCUUUCAUAUAAUUUGUUUUCUGGUCUUCCACAUCCUUUUUCCAAAUAUAAACCAGCAGUCAUUCAACAAGAUUAUUAGUAUGUGAUCAAACUUUUACUAUCAGAAUCUCUUUUUCUUUCUCCUCAUUUCACAGGGAUUGAUUUUUACAAAAAGAUGGCUGAUCAGAGGUACGAAAUGAGUCUUGCCUUGAUUGUGUUCGCGGUGAUCUGGGCUGGAGUAAUUGCUCAAGAAAGCGAUGACUGCACAAACGUGUUGGUCAGCAUGUCACCUUGCCUGAACUACUAUGCGGACAGCUCCUCGCCACAACUCUUAGGUUGCUGCAUGCAGCUUAGCACGGUGGUUGAUAAAAAGCCAGAGUGCUUGUGCCAGGUUCUCAAUGGGGGUGACUCCGACCUGGGACUCAACAUUAACAAGACUCAGGCAUCGGCCCUCACUACCGCUUGCAAAGUUCAGACUCCACCUGCUAGCCGCUGCAACGGACGUGGAUCUGCAUCACAAGGAGGUUCCAAUGAUGCAACUUCAACUAAUAUGGCUGCUCCUUUUUCCUUAUUUUUUUUCUAUAUUGUUUCUUAUGCUUCAAUAAUCAACAUCACCUAACUUUGUCUACCUACCGUAGACUUUUCAGUGCAUUGUAUCGACUGUAUUUUGAUUAGCUAAUUUGCUCUGUCAUGAAAGUGGACUAUUACUUUUCAAACAUUUGCUCAUUUCAGCAGUCAGCUUUCCACCAGGGCUGAUUGGCCAUUGUAUUGUAUUUCCUCAAUCACUAUUCGUAAUACACAGUCUUCCGGCCCAAUUUAUGUAAUGCUCAUUCCUUCCGGGAGGGGGCAAGUGGGGCAGUAAUUGGCA